CCGCCGGUGUGUGUGAGAGAUCCAGCUAACUAGGAAGGGCGGCUGUGCCUUUAACUGACAGGAACCGAAACAAGAAGCAGUCCGCGCCGCAGCUGGGUCGCUCCGCUGCCUCCACUGGGACCCACCGGGGACUUCAACAUGAUACUGGUCAAAGUGACCGUCGUGCUCUGCCUCCUGGCGGAGAUCACAGGUCAGUCUGGGAACCCACUGAACAAAUAUAUUCGUCAUUAUGAAGGUCUAUCAUAUGACACAGCAGCUCUGCACAGCGGUCACCAGAGAGCGAAGAGAGCACUGGCUCCCGCAGAAAGGGCCGUGCACCUGGACUUCCACGCACAUGGAAGAUAUUUUAACUUGCGGAUGAAGAGGGACACAUCUCUGUUCUCUCCAGAUCUAAUCAUUGAGGUGUCAGGAGAGGAGUCACCUGUUGAUACUUCUCACAUAUACAGCGGAGAAAUCUUUGGUGAAAAGGGCACAUUGACCCACGGCUCUGUGGUUGAUGGGCGCUUUGAAGGCUUCAUUAAAACCCACCAAGGAAUGUACUAUGUCGAACCCUCAGAGAGGUACCUGCAGGACAAGAAUGUUCCCUUCCACUCUGUAAUCUAUCACGAGGAUGACAUCAAUUAUCCUCAUAAGUACGGUUCAGAGGGCGGCUGCGCUGACCACUCAGUGUUUGAGAGAAUGAGGAGGUACCAGGCGUCGGCAGUAGAGGAGGAAGCUGAAGGGAAGAACAGCGUGUUGGAGGACGAGCACUUCCAUGGUCCUCUCAUUCUGAGGAAGAAGAGGGCCACAGGGAAAGAGAAAAAUACCUGCCAGCUCUUCAUCCAGACUGACCACAUGUUCUUCAAAUACUACGGAACAAGAGAGGCUGUCAUUGCCCAGAUCUCCAGCCAUGUGAAGGCUAUUGACUCCAUUUACCAGGCCACAGACUUCAAGGGCAUCCGAAACAUCAGCUUCAUGGUUAAAAGGAUCAGGAUAAACGACACCACUGCUGAAAGAGACCCAAGCAAUCCUUUUCGCUUUGCCAAUAUCGGAGUGGAGAAGUUUUUGGAGCUUAACUCUGAACAGAACCAUGAUGACUACUGCCUGGCCUACGUCUUCAGUGACAGGGACUUUGAUGACGGUGUGCUCGGCUUGGCUUGGGUUGGGGCUCCCUCAGGAAGCUCUGGUGGCAUCUGUGAGAAGAGCAAACUGUACUCUGACGGAAAGAGGAAAUCUCUGAACACUGGUAUCAUCACUGUGCAGAACUACGCCUCUCAUGUCCCUCCCAAAGUGUCACACAUUACCUUUGCUCAUGAGGUCGGGCACAACUUUGGCUCUCCUCACGACUCUGGGAUCGAAUGCACCCCUGGAGAGUCCAAGGUACAAGACAAAAAGGAGAACGGUAACUACAUCAUGUACGCGAGAGCCACAUCGGGAGACAAGCUCAACAACAACAAGUUCUCUAUCUGCAGCAUCCGCAACAUAAGCGCUGUGCUGACGAAGAAGAGGGACGACUGCUUUGUUGAGUCUGGCCAGCCUAUCUGUGGUAAUGGACUCGUGGAAGAUGGAGAACAGUGUGACUGUGGCUACAGCGAUCAAUGUAAAGACCCCUGCUGCUAUAACGCCAAUGAAGAGGAUGGCAAAAAGUGUAAACUCCAACCUGGCAAAAUCUGCAGUCCAAGCCAAGGCCCAUGUUGUACAGCAGGGUGUUCUUUCAAAACUACAAAUGACAAGUGCCGACUGGAGUCCGAAUGUGCCAGAGAGGGCACAUGCAACGGAGCCACUGCUCUGUGUCCUUCCUCAGAACCAAAGGAAAACUUCACAACUUGCCAUUCCGAAACACAAGUCUGCCUCAAUGGGGUCUGCUCAGGUUCCAUUUGUGAGAAGUAUAAACUUGAGGUUUGCACCUGUGCCAGUGAAGAGGGCAAGGACGAGGCAUCUGAGCUGUGCCACGUGUGCUGCAUGGAGAAAAUGAACCCCAGCACCUGCAGCAGCACAGGCUCAGCGAAAUGGGAGAAAUUCUUCAGCAAGAAGAUCGUGACACUGCAGCCCGGCUCACCCUGCAAUGACUUCAAGGGCUACUGCGAUGUGUUCAUGAGGUGUCGUCUGGUGGAUGCCGACGGGCCUCUGGCAAGGCUAAAGAAAGCCAUCUUCAAUGCAGAGCUCUAUGAGAAUAUCGCAGAAUGGAUAGUGGAUCACUGGUGGGCAGUGCUGUUGAUGGGCAUCGCUCUUAUUAUGCUAAUGGCCGGGUUCAUCAAGAUCUGCAGCGUCCACACCCCCAGCAGCAACCCCAAACUGCCCCCACCCAAACCACUGCCAGGUACACUGAAACGAAGAAGACAACAGCAAGCAAACCAACAGGCCCGGGGCCAGCGUCCCCAGCAACAGUACAGAGAGAACUAUCAGAUGGGACAGAUGGAACCGAUGAGACGCUGAGACACUGGUCAGCUCUUUGCCUUAGUUCUUCCUAGUGCCUACAAUGGGAGCACUUCACUCCAAAGAGUUACCUUCAUCACAACAUUCAAAGAACUUGUAACUGAGACGCUUUCACUGGACAAAAGCCUGAAGUUUUUGUUUUUUGUUAGUUUCAUUUUUGGGCCUAACAAACUCGCUGAGCUCCUCUGCUCUGAGAACCAGAUCAGCAGUUCCCACAGCUUUUAUUGGAAAUAAAAAAAUUUUCCAAAGAGGGACAGGAGCAAAAAUCCACUGCUCUCUGUUAUGUGGUCUUAAUCUUCUUCUUUUUUUUUUUUCAAAGAACUGAGGAGAGAGAAGCAGCUUUGUGUCAGAGUUCGCCUUCCUCCGUCUGUGCAACCUUUUCAUUCCCUGUUCUCCCUCUCCAAACUGCUGCCAUCUUCAGCACAAUAGCAGGACUGCAAGUCGCAUGAGUUUUGCUGCCAAUCCAAAACAACAGAGACAUUUUCUUGGAAGAAAAUACAUUUAAUUGCCAAUGUAAUGAGAUUGUUUAAACAGUAAAACACCACAGCUUUUCCUUUCUAAAGCGGUCAUGUCCCUUUGGUUUGCGAUUGUACAGAUGUUGCAGUAGAUAUCUUUUUCUCUUUCGAAUGAACCUGAUCUUCUAAAUGACGAAGAUUAUUUACUGUUUUAAUUCACUUUCUCAGGAUUAUUAACACAACAGCAAACACGUGUGUUGGGAGGGAAAGAGGCUGCAUGCAUAUUUCAGGGCAAAGGCCCUCCUGGCUGAUUCCUGUGCAGAAGGGGUCACAUUAGCUGCUGUGGGGCGUAGAGGGCAGUUAGUAGAUGGUGAAGAAGAUGCAGAUUAUAAAGUCAUCUGUUGUCAGAUGGAGGGUUGUGGCGGGGGAGAUAUAUUUUCUAGAUAUGUAUUUUUCUUGUCAUGGUUCUGCAGGUGUGUUUACAUACUGGUCUUUAGUCUGGAGCUGGAAUAAAUGGUGAGAAUAUAUAGCUUUUAUCAACCUGAUUGUAUCAAACUUUUAACUUUUACAAACUCGCAGUCUUUAAGAAAAUGACUAAAUCUGUUCAAACCACUGUCGGCUGGUUGAAUCCUCUCGGCCUCUGUAGCCAGAUGAAGAACCUCUUGGGUUAAAAUGUGAUUGUGGAUAUUGCUUUUAUUGCUUUCACUUGCAGUUCAGAUUAUUUUGUAUCUCUGGAAUAGUUUAAUUAACAGAGGGAAACCAGAGAUUCUAAUUUUAUUGUUCUUGCUGUUGCUGCAGGUAACAGACAUUUACCAGAGUGAAACAAUCAAUACGUGUCGGCCAUUUCUUGUUCUGUCUUUUGCUUUUUCUACUGAUUUAGAAUUUUCUCAAGGAAACUUUUCCUUGUUACGCCCUCUUCGUUUGUCUUAUAAUAUAAAAAAUGUGCCUACACAGAAUAGUGUGACGGAAAUUGGUGAACUGGUGUCCGGAAGCUUGACAUUCAUAUGAUAAUCAGAAUGAUUGACAUCCACAACAUUGUGAUAUCACUCGACACACGAAAGAAACCAAAUGUUACAAACAUAGAAUUUCACUUCAUAUUACUCAGUUUCAGAUUGUAGUUAGUAUUUACUUUCUGCGGUAUCAUAAUAAUGUCCAGCCCUGCUUUGGCUUAGUUUGAGUUUUCAGUUGUCGUCCGCCAGAUUUGACUGAAGCCACAUUCACUGACAUAUUAAUAAGAGUUGCGUUACUGGCAAAUAUUGAAAUAUAUAUAUAUAUAGUUUCUUAAAGUUAUUUUCCGAGGGUGAGCUUUGUGGAGAAAGGAUUCUUAUAUCUCGACCUUGUGAAGGAGUUGUAUGAAACACAGCUACAGCUCCGCAUUGUUUUCUGUGCAGGGUGUGAGGAUGUUGAUCCAAUCAGAUUCUAUGCAGACGGUCACACGGCGCUCAAGUUGGCCACUUCACAGAGAAAUGCCUUCAUCGAUAUCUUUCUCUGGGAUUGGUACAUGAUCCAUUCUAUUGUGUUUUCAAAACAUGAUACUGUUUCAUGAGGCCGCAAAGUUUCGAUACUGACAGAAAUGCAAUCCUCUACUGCUUCUUUUGCUGAUUCUGUUUGUUGGUUUGGUGCUACUGGGUCAGAGCCUGAACUCUACUGUUAUUAUCUUUGGCUUGUGUUCAUGUGUGUGCGUACGUGCGUCUCUGCUGAAUCAUCGUUUUCUUUGUGUUGCGUUGGUAUGGUGUGGACAAUAUGUGGGUGUUUAGGGUAAAUACUCUGGGAAAAUUCUUCUUUGCUUUCACAUUUCUGUGAUUUUAAGAAAACGUGCACUGAAGUGUAAGUGGUGUAAACCGCGACUCCAAACCAGUAAAGGUUCAGAACUGCUGUCUGAUUUUAAUUUCUUCGUUUUUAUACCGUGUCUUUUUGUUUUUAAUUUACUUUUUUUGUCCUGUUUCCCCACCAUGCUUACUUUGAAGAUUUUACUAAAUUUGCAAAGGUAUUGUGCAAAAAUAUAAUUUCUCUUUGAAUUACUUGAAAUGCAUUAAUAAAACAGAAUUGAUCAAA